CUGGGAGAUGGAGUCCUGGAGCGUCCAUGCCGGCCGCCGCCUGGCCGGAGGUGGAAAUACCAUGAUGCCUUGCGCCCGGAGCCAUGGAACCAACGCCGCCUUCUGUGAGGCAUGCUGGGAGCUGUAGUUUCCCCCCCCCACCCCCCGCGAGGGAGUCUGACUCCCUGAUUGGGGCCCCCCCGUUCUUAUCUUCUGAUUCGCGGGCGGGGGGGGGACGAGGAAGGGCUGCUCGCGGCGGCGGCGGCGGCGGCAGCGGGGGAUGGGUCUGGGCUGCCUGCGCAGCGCGAGCAACGCUGCUGUGAGGCGAUGGCGGCGCGGGGGCCCUUGGGCGCCGCCCCCGAGCACCCGAAGGGGCCUGGGCGGGGUGGCCCCCGGGGUGACUGAGAGUCCUCCGACCUUUGGGUUCCUGUUUGACAUUGAUGGAGUGCUUGUUCGGGGCCGCUAUGUGAUUCCUGCUGCCCAGAAGGCCUUCCGGAAACUGAUAGACUCUAAUGGACAGCUCCGGGUGCCAGUAGUCUUCGUGACAAAUGCUGGGAAUUGCUUACAGCAUGUCAAGGCCCAGGAACUCUCCGAUGCUCUGGGAUUGGAGGUGUCUCCAGAACAAGUGAUCCUCUCCCACAGCCCCCUGCGUCUCUUCCGUCAGUUUCAUGAGAAGUGUAUGCUGGUGUCUGGGCAGGGUCCGGUGGAGGAGAAUGCCAGGAAUGUGGGGUUCCGGAAUGUGGUUACCAUACAGGAUGUGAGGAAGGCAUUUCCCCUGCUGGACAUGGUUGAUCAAAGCCGUAGACCAAAGGAGCUGCCUCCUCUGACCACUGACUUCCCUACCAUAGAAGGGGUAAUUCUGUUUGGGGAGCCGGUCCGGUGGGAGACGAGCCUGCAGCUGAUUAUUGAUGUCCUCUUGAGCAACGGGAACCCUGGGGCAGAGCUGGCAGCAGUGCCAUAUCCCCAUAUACCUGUCCUUGCCUGCAACAUGGAUCUUUUGUGGAUGGCAGAAGCCAAGAUGCCAAGAUUUGGCCAUGGCACCUUUCUUGUCUGCUUGGAGAACAUCUACAAAAAAGUGACUGGCAGGGAGCUGAAGUAUGAGGCCCUGAUCGGCAAACCCAGCAUUGUCACUUACCAAUACGCGGAGUAUCUGAUCAAACAGCAGGUGGAAAGACGAGGGUGGCCAUCUUCCAUCUGCAGGCUCUAUGCUGUUGGGGAUAAUCCAAUGUCUGACAUCUAUGGUGCAAACUUCUACAACAGCUACCUCAAAGCUGCGGGUCAGGCCCGUGCCCAGGCUGAGGUGAAGAGGAGUAUGGGGAUGGCGGAUCCCCGGAGUGAGGGCCAUUCAGAGCUGAGGAAGGAUUGGUACGUCUCGUUGGAGAGUUGCAAGUCAAUUCUGGUCUGCACUGGGGUCUACAAUCACCACGGAGAUGUGCCUACUGACCCACAGGAGAGCGUGAUGGAGACUGUGUUUCAUGGGCACCGAGACUUCCGCUUUGACCCCAGCCUAGUGGAGGCAUCUUAUGUGGUGGAGGAUGUGAAUGAAGCUGUGGAGCUUGUCUUUAAGAAGGAGAAUUGGAGCCGGGAGUGAAAUGGGAGUGGCAAAAUCUAGUCAUCAGGGUUCAGGAGGGGAGGGGGGGCUUGGGAUCUCCAAGCCUAACUUGUCCUAAAGUUGGGGGGCGGGGGGGAGGGAAUUCCCAGUGCAUUGUGGGGCCUGAUGUUAAACAUCCCUUGUCUUAAUAUCAGUUGGUCAGUCUAUUGUUACUAGCAGGGUAUCAAUCUUAAUCUGGCCAGGUCCAUGUUUACACACUGCUGUUGCUCCUGUGCAUUAAACUGUAAUGGGGACAGGAUGGUAUAGAUCAUCCUUGUCACCUCUGCCCCCAUGUUUUUGUGAAGCUCUGGUCAACUAGUGUCCUUUCCUCUUUCAAACCCCCUCAGUGCUUGAGAGGCUUAUCCCUGUUACACAGGGGCGGGGGAGGUGGAGGGAAGCAUCAUAGACCCCAUACAUCAGUUCUGUCCUAUACAUCCUACUUAAAGGUUUGUAAGUGGAGCCUGGCCUCUGUACUGACCCUCUGCCUGGGGUGAAAUUGAUAAUGAAGGGUUAAUAUCUCUUCCAAAUGUGCUUUGAUGCCCUCGCCUGCUAACUACCCCAUUUGUCUGGGGAUUGAGAGUGCACAUAGUGUUGUCUUGAUAUAGCACCUGUGUUCUCACUGGCCUUGUGCUGGAUCAGAAACUUUGCCUCUUGCAUCCUCACCUCUGUUUCAUGGCUCCCUAGCACCAUAAGCUGAAGUAGUUUAGCUCAUAGGAAAGCCUAGGCAGCCAUAGCAACUUGAUGCAGUGCCAAAAGUGGAAUUAAAAUCAUCUUGUAACUUAAACACAUUCUCACAUUCGCCAACAGCCCACUCCCGCUUCCUAAGGGGGAGCACGAGCAGCCUUGCUCCAAAGAUACCUAGGAAUUAACCUGGGAUUAUAAACUACCAGAGGCAAGGAAGCAGCAUUUUGCAGCAGCACUAAGUUAUGAAGCCCUAAUAGGGUCAGUGGGGGUACCAAAAUGGACUCUUGCACCAUCCAUAAGAGUGAUGAAACCUCCCCUACUGUGCCCCCUCCUCCGUUGGUGAUGCUUCUGGGAAGGGUCCCUGGGAACUAGGCCAGUAACUCAAGCCUGCCCUGCAUUGCUGGAUGCUGUGAUAGGUCACCCAUUUACUUUAUUCUCUUAGGUAGAGCUGUUAAAUUGCCCUUUGGGAGAGGAGCCAUAAACAUCAGCCAAACCUAGGGCCUCUGACCAUUUCUAGUUUUGGUCUCUGGGCUUUUUAAAUGCAGAAGUUUUUUUCCUAGAUGUAGUUUGCUCCUCAGGGAUGCCUGUAAACUCUAAUUCUCUGUCCCUUUCCUUCCUCUCCCCAAAUUGCAGUGAAGUGCUCUCUAAAGUAGUCACUGCUACUCCUGGAUUGGCUAGCAGCUUAAUGCUGCUGCAGCAGUGCCCAACCCUGCUUUAACUUUGCUUCCAGUUUCUUAGCCCUUGUUAUUAGGGGAGAGUUUGAGACCUGUCUGAUCAUUAAAAAUCCUUAAGAAUAUCUCUGAAAAUUUCCCAAGAUGAAACUCAAUCUGAAUACUUAGUCCUGCCAUGAGUGCAGGGGACUAGACUAGAUGACCUUCUAGUCCUAUGAUUUUAUUGAUGAUGUCAGCUCAGAAACAAGUUAAUUUUAAUCUUUGAAAAAAUUCAUGUGAUCCACCCUGGCACCACCACAAAUGAUUCUUGAUAUCAAGUGGAGAGGCCUGACUUAAUGUCUCUAGUUUUUGUGCACUUCUGUUGAUAUCACUGGAGUUACUGACUAACUAAGUAAAGUUAGAAAUGGUUACAAGAAAAAAUAAAGAUCACCUUGAACCAACUCUGGUUCAUUAAAUCCUUUCAAUACACUCCCACCAAACUCAGGCCAGGAUCUGGUCCCAGAAAUCCAAUGGCUGUAUCUUUUGUUGUCUUAAGUGAUGAGAGAGAUGGAUAUGUUACCCCAAAAUCAGACCUAAAGCACUGCUAUAAUGGCCUGUCUGUAUCAAUAAAUAGUCAGUUUUGUCUGGUUUAGUAGGUAACAGGAGAUAGCCCAGAAAUUGCCAGGAUUUUACCAGAAGGCUUCCACUCAACCUGUGAGGAACUCCCCAGAACAGACAGUUAACCCUUGGGAGGACACAGAUACAGCCUUCUGCUUGCAGGAUUGAAGCAGUCAUUCUUCAAAAACAAAAAUAAUCUUUAUUUUAAUGUAAUAUUUCCUAAUACAAUAGCUCUAAACAGAUAAUGAAAACACAGCAGAUCUAAAAUAUAGAUCAAAGAAAUAAACCACCCCGUUUAACAAAAACAUAAAAUUCUAUUAGCACAGAUGCAUCUUGAAGUACCCAAAAUUGCAAUAUCCUGCAAAUGGAAAACAUCUCUAAGUGGUUCUGUUCUAUUUGUGAUAGCCAGUCACAUAUACAAUGCUGACCAUGAGUUCUUAAACAUUAAGGUAUAUAUAUAUAUAUAUAUAUAUAUAUAUAUAUACACACACACACACUACCUUUUCUCUCACAAGACAAGCUAAAGCCUGUCAGCUUAGCUCCCUGCCUCAUAUACAUAAGAUCUGUUCUGAUUGGUUGUUUCUUUAAUCCCUAUCAUUAUCAGCCAAUCAGCUUCAAGCUCUUUCUCUGUCAAUCAAACUGCACCUAUUUGAAGGCCUGUGUUCUGCCUAACCCCUCCUCUCAGGUUUUGGAGUGACCUUUGUAUCAUCUCAGCCUGCCUGUUUGCUAUUGGUUGACCAGACCUCCAUUUUGGAUUUCUCUGACUGUGACUGCUUACAAUGCCAUUUUGUUUUCCCUAGCUCUAACCUCUUAAAACCAUCUUUGUUAACCAUUUACAUUCUUAUAAUUAUCAAACAAAUUAUACCCUUAUAUGCACCGUAACAUUAUGUUUCAAUGUCACCACUCCAAUUUUACUAAUUCAAACAAGACCAAAUCUCAGUCGCUUCCAACUUCAGCUAAUGGUGACAGAAGUAGGAUUGGGCUCCUAAUAUGUAGAAACCUUCAGCUUGUAAUAGUCAAGGAGCAGUCUGGGUCUGUUUCCCACUCAUUCCACCAAAAGUGACUGUUCUGUUCAGCAUCUAUGUGCGAAGCCCAUGGGUCCUCUGGCAGCUGGCUCCGAUUGAGCAAAAGAAGUAUUGCUUCAGAAUGUUGGGCAAUCCUGAUGGUUGAUUGGCUGAGGUGGUCACAUGCAUAAACUUGGCAUCUUCUAUCUGGCCUCCUUAUUGAAUGCUUAACCUAAACAUGAGGGUCAUCUUUUCCCCCCUUGUAGUAGUGAUCUUGGUUAUGCUGUGGAAGCUGGUGGAAGUUCUACUAGAAGUCACUACUGAAGCAAUUAAAUGACAGAAAACUGGAUGCUUCAGAAGACUGACAAAGGGAUGCAGAGUCUUUCAGCUCUAGCUGAAUGGUUCAAAUCAGCCUAUGUCAGUGGUUCCCAAACUUUAACAACCCGCGAACCUCUUUCACGAAAAUAUCAACUUUCACAAAACCCCCUCCUAAAAAUGAAUAUUUCCAGGGAUUUUCUCCCUUACCUGAGCAUAAAUUAUAGAAGCAGUGAUCCUGGAAAUAAUUUGGGUUUUUUAUGUUAUGCUUAUUACACACUAUUAUUAUUACAUUAUUAUUGAUCAUUACAGUAUUAAUUUUAUUACAUUAGGAAAACGGCAACACUCUUCCAAGAUUUCACUUUUGUUGCUCAUAUCACUUCAGUUGACCUACAUGUUUCAUCAAGGAGUACCAGACAUGAAACAGCAUGAAGGUAUUUAAGAAGCCAACUCAAAUAAAGAGUUCCUCCCACAAGCGUUUGGGUCUUGAGCAGUCCAGCAAACAACACACGACUACAAUAAAGCUUAAACUUGUUCUACUAGUAAGUCAUGGUCACGGGGCUCGGGCUGCCGGCCCCCGCGCUCCACAGGGCUCAGGCUGCCGGCGCCUGGGGUCCUCAGGAACAAUUCUGUCUACCAUUACAGAAUUUUUUUGUGAGAACCCCCGCUACAUUUUGUGAACCCCCAAGGGUUCACAAACCUCAGUUUGGGAACUGUUGGCCUAUCUUGAUAGUGACUGCGAGUUGUUAAUUGCAGAAGCCUGUUCAAUGGCCUUUAUUAAAUGAGUCUUGUCCUAGUGCACAAGAAUAUUAUCAUUAAAAACAACGUCUCUGCUGACAGUAAGCAACCUCUUGUGAGACCGCAACAAAAAAAGCAUGAACGUGAAGCCUGAACUUGUCUCCCAUCCCUAGAAGCAGGCCUCCAGUGUCUGAGUUGGGGCACAUUGGCAAGGCAGUGGAGGAAACUUCCAGAAAGGGCAGCUGUAGUGCAUCUGUUACAUAGCUAAAGAGAGGACUUUAGUGUUAUGACCCUAUCUUUCACAAGCAAUAAAUUAAUGUAAUAAAACAAAGACUAGUAAGAGAAAAAAAAAUCCUGCUUGUUAACUAGAAUGGAUAAAAUGAGAUAGCUGGCCUUUUUAACUUUCAUUUUUUUGCCUCAGCCUAUGCUCAAUUCUAAAACACCCGCCAGGGCUGUUAUGAUCUGUUUUAUUCAGAAAUAAGUGCACACACUAAUUUAAAAAAAGUCUGAAGCAUAAUCAUGGCAUUUCACAUUUUCAUUCAAGGCUAUAAUCAUUUCAGUUUAACUAGGUAACAAAUUGCUACAUGUAUGUACUGUCUAUAGCAAAAAUGAUUGUACCCAUGAAUUUACAGUACAGAAUAAGCACUUGAGUGACAUAUUUUAGUGUUUGAAAUAAAUCAAUUGAAAUGUC